GCUUAAGGUACAUCUGAAGAACUUUCGUAGUGUGAGGUGUUUGGGUUUUAUAUGCAGCCAUUAAUAAUUAAGACCUGAGUAGAGUCCAGUUCCUUUGCAGGCAAGUCACACUUAUAUCCCUGGCAUCCUUGAAGAUUAGGUCUAUUAUUAGAAACCAACAUCCACAGUGCAAGGCUCCACCAGAUAUGCUCAAUGACUAAGGUAAACUAAUGUAAUACUAACUUAUGUAUACUAAUCACAAGUGCAAAAGAGCUGUACUUCUGUCACCAAAAUUAACAUGAGCAAAACUUGCAGUUUAGCUACAUAAUUUUGCAGAGAUAGUGCUGGGUUUUUUUAAAAAAGCUAUCUAGUGCCCCCCCCCCCUAUUAUUUAUUAUUAUUAUUAAAACAUUGUUUUUUUAGUAAGAAACUUAGUUUUUUGGAAAGAUAUUAGAGUACUUUUUUUAAAUAUUUGAUCAAAAAAUGCAAUGAGAAGAGUACAUUUUAAAAUGAACUUAAAAAUAUUUAUUCACUUGUCAUGCCAUGCCUAUUCAAACUGUAUUGAUAAAGAGCAUCCUUUUGGCAUCCAGAGGGUAUGUCUGGUAUGGGGUUCGAAGUAUCAUAUUUAUUAAAAUGUGUAUGCCUGACACUUUCUAAAGGAUCUCAACGUCUGUAGUUUUGCUUUUCCAUUGAUCAAGGUGAUAAUUAAGAGAACCGGAUCUGAAAUUAUUUACUCUUAAGUAAAUCCUUAAAGCCUCAAUCUUUCUUACCUCUAGAAUUAGUUUUUCCUGUUGGUGGAUUUUGGGAAGCUGUUGUUGUUGUAUAGUUUCUGUAUCGUUUCCAAGGCCCAUUGUGGUAGCUUGUAAGAGGGCCCUUUAAUUGAUGCUGGCUCAAGUUUUUUUGUGACCUUUUUCUUUUGUUGCCAAGCCUAUGUACUCCUUAGGUCAACGAUGAUUUGAUUAGGUUGUGCCUAAUCUGAUUUAGCAUUUGGAGGUCUUACCCGCUAGGUUUAUUGCUUUCUUCAGGUGGUUUGUAUCAAUGUUGAAGCAGUCUUUUUCAGGAGAGGCGUGCGAUCACACGUGCAUGCCUUGGCACAUGCCUAAAUCGUUUCAGGCGUGUGAUUAAUCGUACGCCUGAAAAAUAAAUAUCGAGUUUUCAAAAUCAACCUAUAAAAUCCAUUUUGUAGCGUGCGAUGGCAGCCCUUGAAAUAAUUAUUGGAGAGUUGUCUGAAAAAUAAACAAUAAAUAUGAAAAUGACAGUAUAGUCAUGCAUACUAUUUCGGACAUGUAGAAAAGGAAGUUAAGAUUGAGAGAGCUAUACCAGUAGACGCUCGAUCAUCGUGCUUGGGGUUCACGAUUUAAAACGUCCCCCACUUUUCUACCGCAAGAUGAAUGCACAACAAAACUAACCUCGGAGCCCGUAUCGCAAGCGUAACAUUCUUUCCACGUGCGUUUUACAUCACACGCGUUACUUGAUUUACACAUGCAAAUCAUCGCACACAUAUUCAAAUAUUACUGAAAAAAAUUGUUGAAGCAGACAAAGCUCUCAGGAGUGUGGUAAAUGACACCAAGUGCAUAUUCCGAAUAAUCUCUUGCAUUUUACAUCAGUUGACUUAUAGAAGUUUUUUUCCUAUUUCUGUGUUGAUACGUUUGUGGAGUAGGAAGUUGCGGCUGGAUGGUAUAACUGCAAUUUCCAACUUCUGCUUUAGGCGGUUUCCUUUGAGCCACUUUUGCCAAAAUUUGCCUGGCACUAUUGAUGUGACUUCUGGGCUGAAGGCCUUUCUAUCGUCUUCAUAAUGAUCAGUGAACUUUUGCCAGUAUUCUUGGACUGGCUGACUGACAUUCAAUCUUCUUGAGUACCUGGAUCUGUCAAAUUUGCUAGCCAGAUAAAACUCUGGCUAGCAAAUUUGACAGACCGCACUAGGACGAUGGGGUUUGUCAAGUAACUAUACGUUUUGCCAUGAAGUUGUUCAUACUAUCUAAUGUAUGAUGUAUCCAACUCAAUUCAGCCUUCUGUCCCUUGGAUACUAUUACUACUUGUUCCACUACAACAAAAGUAUAAUAUGUACACACGUUUACAUGACCACUUAGUACUUCAUGUCACUUUGCGUCCGUUCACAGUUGUUUUCAAAAACAAAAAAGGAAAUUUAUAGAAUCCCAAUCUUGUUUGAAUAAUAGGAUCAGAGGCUACUAUUACUAUUCCUUGAACAAUCAGCUAAUUAAUCAAAAAACACCAUAAUCAAAAAUAUUUCUUAGAUUUCGUCAAACAAAACUUAUAGAGUUGAAAUACCAUUAGUAAAAAACAAAAGCAAGACAAGUUAUUCUAGCCCCCAUCACCACAGUGGAAUGCAGGUCUAUGAAUAAGAAAAUACACCAGAGCAAUAAAUCGAUCCCCCAAGGUUACAAUAUUUUAAACUGGGCGAGCAAUCUGAAUAAAUAGAAUAAGUUUAUAAACACAUAUUUUAUCACGGUCUUUUGUGUGAGCAAGAGCAAUUGCUCUCUCCUUAUUGAUAGGCCUGGAGUUUGAAAAUGAGGGAGGACUUAUUUGUGUUAUAAAUUUGUCAUUCUGUAUUUGUAUUUUUGAUAAAACUGGAUAAUCUUAUCAUUGCUUUUCCUUAACUAUAUGUUGAAGAAGCUUCUAGACACGGUAUUGACAUUGAAUCUGAGUGCUUUAACAGUUAAACUUUAAAUUGUUAUAUGAAAUGUUUUUUAUCGGUUAACGUUUUGUUGAGUUAGAUUUAAAAUCAUUUCCAGUGCAAUUUGUUUUUUCGUGGUUGUUUACAUUAUGCUAACAUUUUUCUUAAUGGCUGUUAAAACUGCUCCAUAUCUCAUUUUUAAUAUGAAAAAACUGACAAGUUCCAAAAAAAAUUCUACUUGGCGCUAUAGUUUGACCAUGUUGGGUGAUGACAAAUACAUUUAAUACCACUAUUAUUUAACAAGUCAUCUGAACUUCUUGCACUUGGUUUUUAAAAGCAAUUUCAUGACUGGAUCCUAAAAUGGCCACCUAGGCAUUUAUUUUUAUACACCCACCCCUACUUUUGGGAAAAUUAUUGACCAAAAAUUUCAAACUACAUUUGUUCUCUUUUUUUAUAAACUUUAGAUUUUUAGGUAAAAAGAUGUUUUCUUACAUAGCGGGACUAAUUGGUGUCUUUACAGGUGGAAACACUGUGAAACAAAAGACAGAAGAUUCUAAGUUGGAGGAACCAUCACUUGUUUCUGACAGGGAAAGUGAAAAAAGAAAUAAGAAGUCGUUUCAUGGCACUGUUACCAGCUAUUUUAAUAAUUGUGGUCUAAUAAAUGAUCACAUAUAUUUUACAAGCAGUGUAGUAUGUGGUGGUGAGGAGGCUCAAGUUGGUGAUGAUGUUUGUGUGGAAGCAUCUAGAUCUCACUCUGAAGGUGGCUGGGUGGCACACAAAGUUCAGAUAACAUCGUUAUGGGUUACCGAUGAAGAUAACAGGGAUAAAAAACCAUUGAAAGAUAAAGUGAUAGGAACUGUUAGUGCAUGUAACUUUAACACCAUUUCUAUCAAAAUGAACAUUGAAUUAAAUGUGAGUUCACAGAAAUUAAAACUAGGCUACAAACCUUUUAGGGGCGAUUUAGUUCAAAUAGAAAUAUGGCGUAAACAUGAUGAUGAUUUUUCAGACAUUAUUGUUGAGGAAAACAUUAUAUCCAUUUCUCCUCUUCGAGAGAAGAAGAUCCAUGGCACUGUCACAGAAAUAUUUUCUGGUUAUGGUUUUAUUAAUGAUGAUGUAUAUUUUGCUUUUAAUUGUUGCGAGAAAGGUUAUAGAACAAAGAAAGGCGACCCAGUUGUAGCUUUCGUCAUCGAGUCAAAACAAAAAAGAGGGGAUUGGAGAGCUAUAAAUGUUUCGUUAAAGAAAACAAAGAAACAUGAUAUGAAUCAUGUUUCUCCUGUUAAAGUAGACAAUUAUGGUGCUGUCCUAGCAAAUAAUCAUGGUGUUAACAUAACAAAAGUUGAUUUUGGUGAUGUUGAUGUUAAUGAACUUUGUAAAUCUGAAAUUUGCAUCAGCAACUCUGGAAAAGAAAAUGUGUUUUUUUGUGAAUUGCAAGAAGCACAAAACAUGAAUUUAAAAGUUUGUAAUGAUGAUAAAAAUCAUCCAACAGAACAUGGCUUGAGAAACAUACUUAUACGAUCUGGUGAACAAAAAAAGUUGCCAAUUGAGUUUAUUCCAAGAUCAUUAGGAAGGGUAAACUUUCAAGUAACAUUUGUGUUCACUAACUUUGUGUUAUCUGGACAAGUUUCUGCACAUGUAGUUGAUAAAAUGCACACCACCUUAAAGACUGGCAAUUCAUAUGCAAAGCCCAAAGCGAUGUUUCUUGGACAAAAAAUAAACACUCGACUCACUGAUGGUUGGGUUGUUCCUGGGCAAAGACCUGUAAGGAAAAGGAAGACAUUUUUGCCAAACAAGUUGGCGCGAUAUCCAAUUCCAACAUAUUUAAAGGACUGUAUUAUGAAUCUGGAGGGAGAUGUUGAGUUACUUGUCCCUGAACUUUCUCAGCCUCUUCAUAUAUCUAACUACAAAAAGAAAUUAUCAACACUGCUAUAUGCUGAAGAAAUUCAAAUGGAAUUGGAAAUGAGAGAAUUUGACUUGCAUCAGGUAUUACUACGACCUGUUGGGGAAUUUUUUUCACUUGAUGUACCUGGUUUAGCAGAAGGCCGACCAUCGCUUUUGAUUGGUGAUAGAGUCAUAACCAAAUUCUGUGAAAAAGGAAGUAAGUCACCAUGUUAUGAAGGGUUCGUGCAUGAAGUACAUGCAGAAAAUGUUUUAUUAAAAUUUAACGGAGAAUUCCACAAUUUAUAUCGUAAUGAUGAUUUGGAUAUUGAGUUUUAUUUUAACAGGACACCAAUGAGAAGAGCACACCAGGCAGUCGAUCAUGCUCUAAAUAUGGGAGAAGAAGUUUUAUUUCCAUCUUCAGUUAUAUGCAAAGAUGCCCUUGUCAAUCUACCAACAGGCAUGAUCAAGCCCUUCAAUAAAUUAUUAAAUGAACGUCAACUAUUAGCUGUGUCACGUAUUGUAGCUGGGCGUGGUCGUCCCACCCCUUAUGUUUUGUUUGGUCCACCUGGAACUGGAAAGUCUGUCACUGUUGUUGAAUCUAUUCUGCAGAUUUUCACAAAGAUUAAGCAUAGUCGUAUACUUGCCUGUGCACCUUCAAAUUCUGCUGCUGAUUUAAUUGCAGAGCGUCUACAUGAGAGCGGUUUGCUACAACGUUACGACAUGGUUCGUCUGAAUGCUUUCCAGCGUAAAACCACUACGAUAUCAGAAUCUAUCGAACAGUACUGUACGAACGAUACAGACAACUUAAACAUAGCGUGUAGACAUCGUAUUAUAGUUGCGACUUGUAACAUGGCAGGGUUUUUGUACUCAUUCGAUUUAAAAGUUGGUCAUUUCACACACAUCUUCGUGGACGAGGCUGGACAAGCAACAGAACCUGAGUGUAUGAUUCCAGUUGGAUUUGCAGCAGGAUGCGAAGAAGCUCAGGUUGUAUUGGCUGGCGAUCCGUUUCAGCUUGGUCCGGUUUUACGAUCAGACAUUGCUGAGGAAUUUGGUUUGCAAACCUCCUUUUUAGAACGAUUGACGACUUGCAAACUAUACGAAAGAAACGAAGAUUUGUUUGAACACUGCUAUAAUCCUCUCGUUGUUACCAAGUUGGUCAAUAAUUACCGGUCGCACAAAGAUUUGUUACACCUGUCAUCGUCCAUGUUUUACAAUGGUGAGCUCAUUCCAUGUGCUGGGAAAAAAGUUGUGGACACUUUCAUUGGUUCAAGUGUAUUAGCCAAUCACAAUACUCCAUUUGUAUUUCAUGGUUUACGUAGUGAAGAUUUAAGAGAAGGGAACAGCCCGUCGUGGUUUAAUCCGAUGGAAGCUGUACAAGUGUUGAAGUAUGUUCAACUGAUCACCAAGAAACACCCCAAUGUCGAAUUAGAAGAUAUUGGAAUUAUUACACCGUAUAGAAAACAGGUGGAGAAGAUUCGCGUGUUGCUUGAGAGGUUUCAUUUAUCAGCUAUUAAAGUAGGCUCUGUGGAGGAGUUUCAAGGACAAGAAAGAUUAUGUAUAAUCAUAUCAACUGUGCGUUCAAACGAAACGUUGGUUGAUUUUGAUAGUCACCAUAAUGUUGGUUUUCUUAGCAAUCCUAAAAGAUUUAAUGUGGCAAUCACACGAGCCCAAGCGCUAUUGGUUAUUGUUGGAAACCCUGUGGUUUUGUGUUAUGAUCCGUUUUGGUGCGCAAUGCUUCAAUACGCAGUAGUGACCGGUUCCUACACUGGAUGCGACCUGCCAACAUUGGAUAAAGAAAUUAUACAAGAAAAUUUCCGGAAAGCGACCUGUUUACUUGGCUUAAAUACACAGAAAGUGUUAACAGAAGGAGGACUCGAUCAUCCAAACACGGGUUGUGCUGUGAUGACUAAUGGCAAUAAACGAGACAUAAACGAUGAUAACGCAUGCGCCAAUAAGUUAGAUAACGAAUCCGCGGAAAUGAAGUUGAAAAUUGUAAAAACUGUCAACAAGGAUGAAGAGAAAACAAUACCAAUAACAAUAGCCUCUCCUCCUUUGAUGCUAAAAACUAGUAACGACAAGUCUUGUAUAGCAGACUGUAAGAAUGGUUAUACAUCAAAUGAAUAUAUUAUGGAUGAGAGAUUAGGAUCGUCCAAUCAAAAUGAGCCACAUACACAAAGAACUUCUAGCAGUCCGCUUGAAAAAAAUAAAAAUUCCAGUAAUACUUCUCAUAGGAGAGCCAACGCAUUUCUAUCUUUCUUGAAGCAGGCGAAGAAAUGCCCCAGAGGUGAAAAAAAACUUUAACAAAUAUACUCUUGUAUACCGAGUUGUCGGUUAAAAUUUACCUAUGUAUACCGAAUUGUCAAUUAAACUCCACCUAUGAUUGCCAUGCGAUCAAUUUAAAGCUAGCCUGUUCAUACCAAGUUGCCGAUUAAAUUUUAACAAAAAUUACCAAGUUAUCAAUUAUACUUUAACCCAUCUGUACCACAUCAUUAGCGCUUCAUCUGGUCAAUUAAACUUUAACCUAUGUUUACCGAGUCCUCAGUUAAACUUCACCAAUAAUUAUCUAAUGGUCAAUUUAACAAUAGCCUAUGUAUACCGAGUUGGCAAUUAAACUUUACCAAUGAUUAUCUAAUGGUCAAUUUAACAGUAACCUUUGUAUACCGAGUUUUAUUUAAACUUAACCCGCAACUUUUAUUGUCAUUUAAAUUCAUGUAUUUCGUGUUUUUGUACUCGAUACAAUGAUGUCAUAUUGGAACAUCUAAUCUAAUCCUUUAUCUUAUAAGUUAUAUUGUCGUACAACUUUAAGUAUACCUUUAAUUUUAUUGUAUUUGUGCUUUUUAUAUAUGUAUAUAGUUAUUUAUUGCGUUAAUAUAUUCCGUCUUUUAUUAGUUUUUAGGAAAAUAUUUUUCAGGAAUGAAUAUAUUUGAAGUUUUUAUUCAGAGAAAAAAAUACACGAAGCAAAACUUUAUUUAUUUUUUUAUUUUAUUAUUUUUUUUAACAUUGGUGAAACAGUACAAAGAAGCUAUGUUUUAUUUAUGUCAAGUUAUGUUUUAAAGCGUCUUUUAUUGUUAUUGUUAGCUCUAACCCGUAUUUUGUGUGUUUAUAAUGGCUGCUCAUAGGUUCAGCAGAGUAAGA